AUGUAUAAGAUUUUUUUUAAUUCUUUCCCCUUUUUACGGAUCUACCCCUCCACAUUUUCCAAUUUCCCUUUACAUUUUCCAAUAAAAAUACAAAAUUUUUAUUUCAAAAAAAACCCUUUUGUAAAUUCAAAUUUCGGACUCUACUACCCUUUUGUUUCUAAACCCUUUCUCUCUAUUUACGCUCUUGUCUCUUUCUCUCUCCUCUACUAUACUCUGCGCAAGAAAUCAGAAAAAAUCAUCAAAAUGGAUGAAGAUAUGGAAUUGGAAGAGGAGGGAAUUCCAUUUUAUCAAGUAGUUGAGAUUGAUUUUGAUUAUGAAUUUGAUGCGACGAGGUUCUUUGAUUUUACUCGUCCUGAGUCAGAAGCUGAGUCAAGAUUUUCCGAGUCGUGGUUUUUUUCUGCUCCUGAUUAUCCACCUUCUCCUUUUAUUGCUCAACUUUUUCCGCUAAAUGGUUUGAACUCGCAUCGUGUGGAUGUUUCACUCAAGUCUAGAUAUGAUGACCAAUCGGAGAUGGAUGAUGAUGAUGAUAUUGAUCAUCGCACGGAACAUGGUGAUCAAGAUGAGGCAUGUAGAGAAGAAAGCAGUCAGGCUUUGUUGCAAAAAAUGUAUGACAGUCGUUUCCCCAAUUCUCAAAAGCAGGCUACACAUUUACAUGAUGGUCCCUCAAGAGGUUUGACUUUCUUCAAUCACUUGGCUCAUGAUAUUAAGAAAACAAAAACCAAAUCUCUCGCUAAGCCUUGCAUUCGAAAGAGCUCAACUUUAAUGAAACCCACUGCAAGUCAGUUGGCAAAGCAAAAUCAACAGCGUCAAGUUUUAAAUUCCAGGUUGCAAAAGAAUGAGGGAACUUUAGGUACUGCUUGUGGCAUGGAAAGUCAAGCUUCAAAAAGACAAAAGCUUGAUGGAGGCCUUUUACGCAAGAUUACCAAUUUGAAGCAGCCUGUCAAUCUAAUCCACAAGUUGCCCAAAAAGGAUGCAACUGUGCAAGGCUUGAAUACACAAACGAGGUUGAGGAUUACUAUUCCAAGGGAGCCAGAUCUUGCUACUGCUCAUAGAGCAGAAAGGACAAGAUCAGCGAGCUCUAAAGAAAUGCAAAAUCCUACUGCAACCAGAUACAAGUUUAAAGCACGGCCGUUAAACAAAAAGAUUCUUGAGACUCCUGUGUUCCCACACCCUACUAGAACUACACAACAAUUGCCUGAUCUUAAAGCACCACACUUUAAAUCAAGUGGACAAACAAAGCAUCAUACCUCCACUGCCGCAUCAUCAGUCUGUCAAACUGAUAAGGGCUUGAACAAAGUAACUACUGAUAACACUACGGAAACGGGAAACAAGGAUGCAAAAAGGAUUGAAUUUGUGGAUGCUAAAAAAGGGGAUGCACAGAAAGUAUCACAAAGUUUUAAAGCAAGACCUCUUGACAGGAAGAUAUUGACAAGUAGAGGAGACAUUGGUGUUUUCAGAAAUAGCAAGCGGGAAGUUACAGUACCAAAGGAAUUUGAGUUUCAAACAGCGAAGAGGGUUCAGCAAAAUCUUCCGAUAGAGCUUUUCAGCAAGCUCUCGCUUACUGGUGAAUCUCGGCCAAAAAACUGCGCACAGAUUGAAUUACCCCAGAGAACUUCUAUUUCCUCUAAGGGAACAAAAGAAAACAGUUGGCAACCAUUUCACCAGAAUUAUCAAAACAUGACGUACCAGGCAAAGGAAAAACGAGCUACACUGUUAGUCGAAAAGAGACAUUGACUGUUGCUAACAAAGGAAUUGGCUUAACCAGUUCUCACAAUUGCAUGAGCAGGCCUUUCGGGGGUACGAGACAACAAUAGCUCAUAUUUUCAUCUUAAAACUAGGUCUUUCAAAUCCCUAGGUGUACAGAUGCCUGUUGAUUGCGUUUUUUAUACAAGUGCUAAGGAAUUGGUCUCUUCUCAUUGAGCUCUCCUACAGAAUAACACUAACCAAGUUUUGUACAUAAAUCGUGCGCCCCCUUUUUUGCCCGCCUGUAUUCAUCGAUUAAUCCAAUAGAUUUUUUAUGAGGGAAUAUAGGGAUGUACUUUUACAACAAAAAGAAUACUAUCAUUCUAAUUAAUGAAAUUUAUGCUCAAGAACUAUCUUGAGUAUUUCUUAA